AUGGAAGAUAAUUCGAUCCUGAUGGAAGACUCUUCCAUGAAUGGCUCGGCGCCUCGAAAAUCAUUGUCCCAGCCCAGUUUGGCGACAGCGGACUCGACCGAGAAAAAGCGAGCGAUUCAUCGGCCCGUUUCGGGAACAUUGUCGAAUACGGCUGUCUCGGAUGUUCGCAAUAUUCCGAUAAUUCAGACAUGGCAGGAGAAUGAGGAGUUGAAGGGGAAAAUGUAUGCGAUGCGGUGUGAAGUUCAAAUGUACGUUCAAAAGUACAAUACGGCGAAAGACGCGAUGCACAAAAGUGUUCAAGAAGUUCUCGACGAAUACGUUAUGCUGAAAUUGAACGCCGAAGAAGCCGAGGAAAAAAUUGCCGAGUUUAAAUCGCUUAAUCAGGAAUUGAUAAGUGUUCGAGAGCAGUUGGCGGAUUCGCAAGAGAAAAUCCGAAAAUCUGAAGAAAUCAUGAAGAAGGAGCGUGAUGAGUUCGCCAAAAAGAUUGCCGAGCUUGAGGAAAAGCUGAAGCCGCCGAGAACUUCGGGAUUCAACCUGUCGACUAAUGACACUCUUGGAUCGUUCCGUCUUCCGAAUACACUCGACGAUGCAUUGAAGCGCGAUGAUCCUGACUUCACACUGAUCGGGCCCGACGAGAAAAAAUACAUGGAGCUCGAGGACAAGUUCUACACAUUGAUGGAAAAGAACGCCGAACUCGAAUUGUUGGUUCGCGAUUUGCGCGAUGAGCUCGACCAGAAGUCGGCGAGGCUCGCCGAGCUCGACAAUCAGCACGCGCAGCUCAUUGCGGCGUCAGGUGGCGGAAUUUUGAAUACGACCGACUCGAAGACAUUCGUUUAUGGCGAUGGCAAUGAAUCGACGAAAGCCGCUCAAAUCGCCUACAUCGACGAACUUGAGCAGAAGCUGAAGUCGUCUAGCGAGAAUCUUGAAAGAACGACAACCGCUCUAGCGGAUUACAUGAAUCGCGUUAGCAAAUUGGAGAAGGAAAUUCGACAUAUGAAGAAGAACACGACGUUCGAUUCGCCGUCGAUUCGCAACGAAUUAACGCCGGAUGAGUUGCGCGACGCCAUCGAGAAGGCCAACUCGGAAUUGAAUGUGUUGAGGAAGGAGAAUCGCGAGCUCCGCCAAAAAUGCAGCCAAUUGGUUGGAGGCGACGGCAAUGUCAGCGACUCGUUCGGACAAUCGCGAUUGUUUGCCGGCAUCUCGCCGGCGGCUGCUGCUGCCGACGUGCACAACGUCUCGCUAUCGCAUCCCGCCGCUACACCGCCGGCGGAUUCGUCGAUGAACGUGAAUGCGCCGAUAUUCCCGUCAGAGGCUGCUGACGACGACAGUGUCAUGGACAUGUCGUCGGUGCGCAGAAUGAAUGAGCAGGAUAAUGCGAAUUUUGCUGCGGCUCUCGCCGAAUUUGAUAGCAUCAUGAAAGAGAAUAAGCUCAACGAUACCGCUGAUACCACUGGCGAUAUUUCGAUGCCGCCGCCGAAUCGCAUGACGACGGAAUCGUUGUUGCGUGCCAAAUCGGAAAAAUCGACGCCCGAACGACACGGCGGUCAUUCGAGAACGUCGUCGGCGGUCACAACGAUGCCCGUCAAUGAUUUGGCGCCGAGGCGUUCAUCGGUUUACAUGGAAUCGAAGAGAACGACGGUCUUCAGCGCCGAACUCAUGCACGAUGUUCAGCAGAUUCUUGACUCGUCGGCGGCGCUCAUUGACGGCGCUCACGGCGCCGCUGUCGACGUGCAGGGAAUGCAGGAGAAGAUGUCGUUGAUACGCGGCGCGCUCACUCGCCUCUUCAAUCGCCUCAAAUCGUCGGCGGCGUUGUUCGAGGAGAUUCUCGAGAAGAUGGGCUCGAGUAGUCCGCUCGCCGAACGCAUCAAACAAAUGCAAUUGGCGUUUGAGACGAGCAUUUGCGAGAACGCCGAAGUCUCGCAAUUCCUUGACGCCGCCGAAAAAGAGCUGACGAAUAUGUCGAUCAACUUCUCGAUGCUCGAGAAAUCGAUGGUGUCGCAAUCGUUCGUCGCCGAUGUCACGCGACGCUUCUCGAUUGCACCGGCUCCCGACGAGCUGUUGGGAUCGUCGCUGCUCAAUGCUUCCUAUGAGCCGAUGUUCAGAAUUGGUCGCCAAAGUGUCGCUGAGACCGAGAAAGAAAUCGAGGCGCUUCGCGACGAAGUCAAAGAGUUGCGUGAGAGGCUCGCCAAAACCAAUCAACUCGAAAUGGACGCCGGCCUCGCGUCGCCGAACACCUCGAUGCUUCAGAAACAUCUCGCCGAUGUGCAAUUGCGCGCCUCGCAGAACUUUGAGGAGCUUGAAAUGUGCCAGGCGACGUUGACGCGCGUCGAGAAUGAGAAGGUGCAAUUUGAGCGCGAGCUGAAAGAGGCGAACUCGAAAUUGCGCGCCGCCGAGAUUCGAUUGGGCGAAACGGAGCGCGAACUUCGCGAGGCGAUGAGCGUCGUCGAGGAGGAGCGCAGAGUUCGUAAGGCGGCAGAAUCGAAGAUUCACAAAAUGGAAUCCGAUUUGCGGAAUGUUGAGCGAACGGCCGUUGAACGCGAGAGCUCGCUUAAGAAUGAGUUUGAGACGCAUUUGAGGGAGUCGAACGAGCGCAUCAAUCAUAUCGAGGGCGAACUUGAGCGCGCUGUUGAUCAUGUCGAGAAGCUUCAGAAGGAGCGCGAAAUGCUUUCGUCAAAACUCACUAGUGUGAAGAAUCGCGCCGAUGAGGCCGAAUCGACGGCGAACGGCUAUCUAAAUGAGAUCAACAAUUUGAUGGAUGAGAUGAAGGUGAUGUCGGAUGAUCUUGAACGCCUUCGCGCGUUUGAAAUGGAGCAGACCGAUUUGAAGAAGAAGCUCUCAGCGAAAAAGUCGACAAAUUAUGAGACUUAUAAUCGAUGCUCGCAAACGUCUGAAAAAGAGAAUGCGGUUGAUGAAACUGUGGCGGAAGCGAUUGAGAACGUCGGCAAAGAGCUCACGUCGCUCACACGAAAGCAAAUGAAGAUCAAAAUUGACAUUAGAGACGUGAACACAAUUCGUUUGGCUUGCGAGGAGAUGUGCAAACAGCUCAUCAAGGAGAAGGCGUGUCGACACGAACAGGCGGAAGCGAUGCGCGAGAUCAAUGCUGGAUUGGAUGUCAAGUUGAAGGAGAUUGAGAAAAACCAGGAGAAUGUUGAUCCGAAUAUUGUGGGGUCGAUAGUAAGAAAUGUGCCGAAAGAGCACUAUCGCGAUCCGACUCGUCAGCUUCUUCGCGACGCCACAUCGGCAACUGAUGGCAUUGUUCAGGUGUUGAAGAAGAUUGGGCAUGCGAAAGAUUCGGACGAAUUGAGGGAAAUUGUCAAGAAGGCGUUGACCGAUGCGAGACAACUUCGCGACUUUUUGCACCAGAAAAUCAUAUUGCUCAAAACGGUUGAUAUGGCGAGCGCGCACACCGAAACGCACGAGCAGCUCCUUCAACAUUUGGCUAGAAGCUAUCAAGAUUUUGCACUUGUCGAUGAGGAAUGCAAGAAGUUGCGAAAAGUCAUCGCGAAGAUGCAAGCCGCUGUUAUGGAUCCCGGCUUCGAGGUUCAGGAGCGCAUUAAGCGGGAAAUUGGGCGAAUCGCUCGCGACAUGGGCGCCGUCGCCUCACUUCAAAAGACCCAUGAAACUAAUCGAAACUAA